AAAACUUUGGCAAUGAAACUCAAACCCAAAAGCCCCAAACCAAAGCUGGGGCUCCUCACCAUCCUCCUCCUCUGUUUCCUCUGCUUCAUUGCCGGCCUCUUCACCUCCACCGUCCUCUCUCAGCUCUCCGCUCCUCAGUUACUCUCCGGCCCACGCUCCUCUUCUAGAAUGCUCGAAUCCGACAAGGACGGAGAUCACGGCCCAAUGCUCCCCGGUGAGACCGGAGAGAGCUUCAUCGGGUCGAUCCCGUUUCAGGUGCUGAGCUGGAAGCCGAGGGCGGUUUACUUUCCGGGAUUUGCGACGGCGGAGCAAUGUGAGAGUGUGAUCAGAGCGGCCAAGGCGAAGCUGAGGCCGUCGACGUUAGCUUUGAGGAAAGGAGAGACUGUUGAGAGUACCAAGGGGACCAGAACAAGUUCAGGUACAUUUAUCAGUGCAUCAGAAGACGAGACCGGAGUCCUAGAUAUUAUUGAGCAAAAGAUUGCCAGGGCUACAAUGUUUCCAAGGGACCAUGGAGAGGCAUUCAAUAUAUUGCGGUAUGAGAUUGGCCAGAAGUAUGAUUCUCAUUAUGAUGCGUUCAACCCAGAUGAAUAUGGCCAACAGCAAAGCCAAAGAUUCGCUUCAUUUUUGUUGUAUCUAUCGGAUGUAGAAGAAGGUGGAGAAACAAUGUUUCCUUUUGAGAACGGUUCAAAUAUGGACAUUAGAUAUGAUUACAAGAAAUGCAUUGGUCUAAAAGUUAAGCCAAGACAAGGGGAUGGACUUCUAUUUUAUUCGGUGCUUCCAAAUGGCACAAUUGAUCAGACAUCACUUCAUGGAAGCUGCCCAGUGAUCAGAGGGGAGAAAUGGGUGGCAACAAAAUGGAUUAGAAAUCAAGAAGAGGAUUAGGAGAGUGCAUUACGUUCAUAACGGUGUAACACAGCGGAUCCCCUGACCAUAAUAUAGUCGAAGUCAUCAGUAACAGUUGCUUUCCAGAACACUGUAGUAGUUCGUUUAGUAUUGAUGCUUAAGAUAGAUGUGUUGUGAACCACUUUGAUGCUACUAUAAUUACUUGGAUGCGUAGUUCAACACUAAAAACUGAUGUCAAGUUGGGGUUCUACUAAACUGCGGAUUCCAUUGGCUUCGAUCCGGAUCCGACCCUGACGUGCCUAAGUUCAAAAACUUCGUCGACGAUGAAGAAUCUUCCUAAAUGAGAAUAUACAUAAAUAACUAGCCUAUGUCUUGUAAACUUUGUAGCAGAGCAGUGAGAAACAAGCAGGAACUUCAGUUUGGUCU